UGCGUGCUGCUCCUGUGCCGGCGGUACGAAAUGAAAAAUAGCUGAUAUACUCUCACAAUUUGGCGUUGCGAUUACGUGUGUGCGAAUUAUAAAUAUUAGUUAAAUAUUAAAAUGUGUUUUGUGUUUGUCAAGACCGAAUAACAGCAACAACAAAAACGCACGGAACAUGCUUAGCUAUAAUUGUACAUCGAAAUGUAGUAUGUAUGUACUUGUUGUUUGUUUGUAAGUAUGUGUGUAUGUACACUUACGCACACAGGCAAACACAGACGCGAUCGGUGAAAUUAUUUAAUUCCGACGAAAAAAAUGCUACCACUUUAACCGCAGUAAAAAACCCCAGUAAAAACACGACGAUCACGAUUAAUCAACUAGUGAGACAUACCGGCACCUGCACCUGUAUUAAACACUGUAUUUUUUAAAUAAAAAUAAAGAUUUGGCCACUAACAAUUUUUGUAACAAAGUGAAUAAGCAAGCAAGCGAAAUAACAGCACUCAAAUAGCACUCACACCGCAUUUACGAUAUUCAUCUUGCGUCAAGAGAUCUUCAAAUUGUCUGUCCCGUGUUAUCGCUCUCUUAGAAUGUUAACAUUAACAGAGGCCAGAGUUGUACACCCUGGCUGUGACCCUGGGCUUGGCUUGCCUGGCGACAGCCAUGCCACAAAAUCCACAGCAGCUGCAGGACGGUCCGCACACGCUGCUGGACAUCGAGACGCCCAACCAGUUCAGCUACAAUUCGCCGCUGGCCCAGCCGGACAGUCUGCGCAACAAGCCGUACUUUGAUUUCCUGAGCACGCUCUAUGCCCACGACUCGGCCAAGACGGACUUGUUUCGCAAUCGGCCGCAACGCGAUCUACAGUCACAGCCGGAGCUGGAGCCGCAGCCGGAGCCGGAGCUGAAGGCCCAGGAGCUGCCGCUGACGCCCGCCGAUGAGCCCAAGAGCCGUCGCCGGGAUCGCAAGCGUCGUGCGAUCGUGUUCCGUCCGCUGUUCGUCUAUCAGCAGCGCGAGAUCCGCAAGAAGGAGAUUGCCGCCAGGCGACGCAGCGACGAAGUUAGCCGUCGCAACUACAACGAGUACUACAAGCGGGUGUAGUCUGGCGUCUACGUCCAAUGCGAUCUUAAAUCUAAUCAACAACCAUGCGCAAUAAUCAUGCCACAAUGAGCAAUGGCUAUGGCUGUCACUGGUCUUCUACAGGGUCCUCUCUAGCACUUAGCUUUUUUUAUUAUUGUGUUUUAGCCAUAAGUUAGCCCCAGCACAACGCACUGCAGACACGAACACGACACUCGACUAUCUAACUAUCUAUUAUAAUCUAUAUAUAUAUUAUAAUUAUACACACCCAUACACACAUAAUCACCCACACACACACACACACACACCCAUGCAUACGCACAUCCCUCCUAACUAUGUUAAGUAAUCGUAUCCCUAAAUUAAUAUGCAUGUAUGUUAUAAUUGUUAACUGAUUUUUACAAAUUUGUUACUAUUAAAGCUAACAAACGUUAAAUACGA